AGUAGUUGUUCUAGUGUUUUGUGGAAAACAUUACCUGUGUGACGACGAUCAGCGAUGACUGACGAGGCUUGUGUGUUUCCCUGUGCAGGUUCCGGAAGGUCAUGAGGUCACAAGUCCCCUCACUGCUAUUCGGAUGAUCACUCCACUGACUGAGUUCGCAAGCUCUGCCUGCUGGGGUUCGUGAAAGGUUUGGACCUGAUGAUGGCUCGUCCUCGUCCUCCGCCAGACCCCGUGUUUACUCUGAGGGGAUCAGGAGCCUCUGUUAACACGCUCCACUUUCACUGCGCUGAGGCGGGACUCCCUCUGCUGUACUCAGGAUCAGGGAAAGGUUUAGUCCAUGUGUGGAACCUGAACACCCGACGGGCUGAGAGCGCUUUAGACGGCCAUGGUGGAGCUUCGGUUAUCUGGAUCAGCACGGUUCGCUCAGCAAACACCUUCCUCAGUCAUGGACGGGACAUGCAAGUGCGUGUGUGGGAUUUGCACGAGGGUCGCAGCACGGUAGCGAAUUCGGUGCACACAGGAAGUGUCGGGUUCUGCCAGUGCUGUCUUCUGGAGGCUGAUGGGCGUAGAACCCUGCUCGCACUUCCAGCAGAAAGGAUGGAGGAGAUAAAGGUGAUGGAGUUGGAGAGUCAGACGCCGACGUGCUCCUUAAUCCCUGACGAUAAACACGGCAUGCUGAUGUGCAUGAAGAUGUGGCAGACAGACGCUGGUCCCCUGCUGUGUGCCGGUUACGAAGAUGGUUCCCUUAUACUCUGGGACGUCUCCUAUAGACGUCCUCUCAGCUGCCUGAAGGUCCAUCCUGAGCCUGUCAUGUGUCUGGACUUUGAUGUUGGAAAGCAAAAAGGUAUCUCUGGUUCCUCGGACAAAAACCUCUGCUCCUGGACACUUGACGGCCAGCAAAAACUUCAGAUCCAGGACUCUGUGCCUUUGACCAAUCCUGGAGUGUCCCAUUUACAAAUCCGUGGUGACGGUAAGAUCCUAGCGGCGGCCAGCUGGGAUGGAAGCGUGCGGAUUUUCAGCUGGAAAAAGAUGAAGCCACUUGCUGUCCUGCAGCAUCACAAAGAUAUGCUUCACAGCGUGGCCUUCUCCAACCAUCCGGAGCCUUCGAAACGUCUGAUGGCGGCGGGUUCGAAGGAUCAGCGAAUCAGUCUCUGGUCUAUUUACACGGAGAACUGAGUUACAGAAUGAACCUUCUUCAUUUCCUAAAAUGCAAAUGUUGUCCAAUAUGAAUGUACAAAACAGUUUGAUUACAUUAUAGCAUAUUAGCAGUAUUCUUCCCCUUGAAAGAUUCUUGCUAACUUGCAUCACAUUACAAGAAAAGUGGGUUUUGAACAGGCUUAAAAGUUUGCGCUUGGCACACAGAUACACCCAAAGCUCGAUGAUGGAUUUUAUGACUCGGGUUCUUAUGUAUCCCUGUAUUUCCAGCCAGAAAAAUGAACAAUCAAUAAUAAUCAAUUAAAUAACUGAGACGUGAAUGGAGUGAGUCUUUAAAAAUACUUUCAGAAAACCCAGAGACCAUAUGCCUAUUAAUUCGAGCCAUGUGUUCCAGCAUGGCUCCCAUGUCUUUGUGUUUAUCUGUGGCUAUUGAAGUUAGCACGAGUCUCCAUCUGCUCCGAGCUCCAGGCCUGAUUUAAAUCCCAGAACACAGUGACUGAGCAUCCUUCACCAAACACCAUCAAACCCAAAUGUUCGGUUGGUCUUGUCAUACCUGUGUUUGAAUGCUGAGAAACGUCUAGAAUGUCCUUCGCCGUUCACACGGGUUCAUUAAGCUUGGCAGUUCUUUCACUGAAAUGCAGGCCAAGCCAACAUGACAUCUGAGUACUGUGUAGUGGAAAAUGUUAGUGUUUUAAUAAAGAAUGUUGGGUUGAUAUGUGUAGCGGCCGAGAAUACAGCAUUACUGCUGAAACACUUCUACAUCUUAUGGCAUCCUGAAAUGAACAAUCUCUUGUCAGGUAAUUCAUUAGCCGCUUUUACGAAGCUAAAAGCUCAAAAGGUCAAACGUUUUGUUUCAAUUCAUCAAGCAUGGUCAACUUAAUACCGCACAAACAAAAACUGGCUGUGUUUUAAUCCGUUAUAUUGUCAGCCACAGAGCUGAACCGUUUUCCGUCUACACUGUUUGCUUUCCUGCUUCGAUAGAUUUGUAUUUGCGCUCUCAAGUCGCACCUGAGCGGCUGCACAUAAUUCACAGCUUGUUUUCUUAGAAACCGGUGGCGAGCUUAAACGCUGCCCUGUGGAAUGACCUUGCCUGCAUUCAUCACACCAAGUUAAUCAGUAGCGCACAGACAGGCCUGUUUGUUAGCAAGAUUCAUUGGGCUUGCUUAGCCAAAGAAAAAAUCUAUUUAAGCAAGCAAAUUAAUUGUGACACUGAUUGUGUUAUUGUGUUUUAUUACACUGAAAUGUGUAGGUAAAGAGUGAGAGUGUGGUACAUGUUAAGUCAUCAGAUUCUUUUUAAUUUUAUUUUAAUAAAUUUUGGUUUUUUUUUUUUU